CUACAGUACGCCACAUCAGUCCGUAUUGAUUGUCUGCACUCUAUCUUCAUCCACAGGAAGUAAAAUAGUUAUACAAACAGGCUAAAUUCAGAGUCAAAUCGUAACCUAUGCGUAAUGCAGCUAGAUGUUUGUAAUCUGUAGAGAUUGAAGUUUCAAGUAAUUUUCAGUUCGACGUCCAAUGAGGUACUGAUGAUCAUUGGAAGAAAAGGAAUGACAAUGAAAAAGACAGAUAAUUCAAGUCGGUGAAGAUGAUGUAGAGUUCUACCUCACCACACAAGGAGUCCUCAAGGUGUCAUCAUUCCAUUGAUGUUGUGCUGAUUGAUAGAAACAUGACCUGCUAAGAUGGUUAAGUGAGAGUUUCAUCAAGUCACCUACAGACUUACUACCCCACAAUCGGGGGCAGUGGUGAUCGUCAUAUUUAAACAGCUAGCACCUCCUCUACAGAGCUGGAGUGAUGCAAUCAUUGGGACAGACAAAGUAGCAUAGCCCUGACUGUGCUUAAGUGAGGAAUAUCACUUAGUCUAACCAGAAGAGGAAAGAAAGAGUUAAAAAUGACGACAUUAUCAGACAUUUCUCGUGAGAAUCUGACCACUUACAAGUUGGUUGUGGUAGGAGAUGGAGGCGUGGGCAAGAGUGCUAUCACGAUACAGUUCUUCCAGAAACUCUUUGUAGCAGACUAUGACCCCACCAUUGAAGACUCUUACAUUCAACAUACUGAGAUUGAUGGUGAUUGGUGUAUACUAGAUGUGUUGGAUACUGCUGGUCAAGAAGAGUUUUCUGCAAUGAGAGAGCAAUAUAUGAGGACUGGUGAUGGUUUCCUUCUCGUCUAUUCAGUCACUGAUAGAGCCAGCUAUGAGAACAUGAAAGCUUUUCAUACUCAGAUUCUCAGAGUCAAAGACAAAGACUCGUAUCCCAUGAUCCUUGUUGCCAACAAAGUGGACCUAGUACAUCAGAGGAAGGUAACGGAAGAAGAAGGCAAGAAUGUAGCUGCAGAAUUAGGGCCUAUUCCUUAUAUUGAAACAAGUGCAAAAGAUCCUCCUAAGAACAUUGACGCAGCCUUUCAUGAAGUAGUGAGGGUAAUCAGGAGACAGCCCGUGGACUCGAAUAAGAAAGAUAGAAAAAGGGAUAGGUGUAUUCUACUGUGAUAUGCUUGUAAACGCAGGGUGCCAAACGGCCUGUAAAGGAGAAUGGGAGUUUUUAAAACCAGGGUGCCAAUGGGCCUGUAAAGGAGAAUGGGAGUUUUUAAAACCAGGGUGCCAAUGGGCCUGGAAAGGUGAAUGGGAGUUUUUACAAAUAGGAUACCAGUGGACUGAUUCCUCCAAUCUCAUUGCUGGAAGAUGAAGCAGACUGUGAAGGACAAGGUAUAGAGGAGUCUGGAUGAUAUGUAAUGAGUGCUGUCUGUCUGUCUGUCUGUCUGUUUAGUGAAUCUGCAACUCAGAGAGUAGAACUUGUAGCUGAGCUCAUAUUAACUGCUGUUUUUGUAAAGAUCAACCAUUAUAUGCAAAUUCUUUUCUGAGAACAUCAGUAAGCAAUUGAUAUUGCGAAUUAUUCAUUUCUUGAUCUCGUGUUUCCCUCCAGUGGAUUAUUGUAUU